AGGAGGGAGAACACGGAGGGAGAGAGGCAGCCAGGCAGACAGAAGAGAGAGUGAGGCGGUCUGGUGGCCUUGCAUAACACACGUCGGAGAAGCCUCGCACGCAAAGACCCGGUUGUGGGCUUUUUGCACACAGGAAAGGGUGGGGGGGCCUAGGGGGAGGGGGGGAGGGUGGGGGACCUCCUCUGCCAUCAGGCCGAUUGCAAGGGGGCAACGGAAGGGCAACUCCUGAGCCCUGAGUCCUCCUCACAAGAGAGGGGCUGGAGCACAAAGGAGCGGAUCGGGAAAGAGGACGCCUGCAAGGAAGCACGUCUCCGGGAUCCAUUUGCACAUGCUCUGCAAGCAGUGGCGGUGGAAGGACUGAUUCCCACCAACGUUGUGGAAGAUCCAUUAAAGAUGAUUCCGCAUGAAGUUAUUGGAGCUCAUUUUAUGAGCCGGAGCGACUCCAUCUUCUGUGGACUGAGACCUGGAGCUGCGUGGUAGUGACUACGUUAACACUAAAAAAGAGAGACUACAUUUAAAAGAUACCUGGCACAAUGAAAUCCAAUCAGGAGCGGAGUAACGGAUGCCUGCCGCCUAAAAAGCGCGAGAUCCUGGCACUGGAGCAGAGGCCGGUGGUAGUAGCUCCGGCAACUCCGCCCGUGGUUCAUUCUGACCCCACUCCGCACACUGAGAACCUAGCAUGGCUGGCAAGUGUAGCCAGUGAACGCUGCAGGUCCAGAGACUCGGAGAGCCCAAGACGUCCCAACUCGUCUGCUUCGUCUUCUUCUCCUCCGACGUCAUCUACUCCUCUGUCUGCGAUGCCGUUAGCCUCCCUACCUGCGGUUUACCCCGCAGCCAUUCCUCAGCACACCGGAACCAUUCAGUUCGCUCAGCUUGGACCCAAUGUUCAGUUCAUCAGCUCCGGACCUUACGCUGGCUACAUUUCGUCUCAAGUACUCCCAGCGAAUACCAGCUCUGUGGGACAGCGUUCCCAGCUGGACGGGUACACCACGACACUGAUAUCACCCAACACCAAAGGGGAGCAGCAGUUCCAUAUUGGCGCCUCACCCGCAGAACUCACCCCGGUUUCAGUCCCGAGCUCUUCCCAAGUAACCAACCAACAGUACAUCCAUCUUGAUAACAGAACACCUCUAACCGUCAGUGGAACCGCCAUCCCACAGCCUGGACCCCACCUUCAGAUCCACCCUCACUCCGCUGUCCUCCCUCAAACGCUCACCCUGGCUCCGUCUCAGCUGGUGGUUCAGUAUUCAGAUGGUUCCACGGGGAAAAAACCCGACGUUCAUGCCAAGGGCGUACUGAAUGGAGAGCUCGAGUUGGUCAAACAGAUUAAAGCUCCAACUCAGAUGACGAAUCAUCAACAAGUCCAGAGCUACGAAGCAAGGCACAUUCUUGUCCCUGCAGAGUAUGGCCAGAACCCAGCCGGACUACAGACCUCCUUGGUGCUUGUCACGCAGCCGAAUCAAGUACCCGAUCAGGAACAGAGUACCAAUAAGAUUUCUUUAGUUCAGACCGAGAAGGGGGGGAUCUGUUUGGGGAAACCCAUAUCAAGAUCUUCCUCGUUUUCGUCCCUCUCGUCAUCAGAGGUGGUGAAGUCCGUCACCCCGCAUGCGGUCAUGCAAACCGCUCUCCCCCCCGAAGAGAUGCCAGUCAGUCUUUAUUCGUCCACGCAAGCGCCCAUUAUCGGUUAUAUCACUAGCGGCAACCAGCACGCGGUUAGCUACCACGCGGCGCUGCCUCAGCAUCUGGUCAUACCCAGCGGUCAGUCCUUGCUCAUCCCGGUCACUGGCGCCAACAACGGUACAGAUAUGGAGGUCAGCCGUGCUGUUAGCUCUCUGACCGCGACCACGACGCCCCAGAUAUCCACCGCCAUGCCCCACGCCUAUCUCGCCACGGCCCUAUCCAAAUGCGAGCCGAUUUGCUCAGAUGGAAAUCAAGCACCUGCGGCUGCACCCCCGGCCGUCCCCGCCUUGCCCCCGAACCCUGGCCCCGCAGUGAUGGCGACUCUCUCUCCAGUCCCAGCUCCGGUCCCCGUUCCUGUCAGUGCUCCGGUCUCCGCUUCCAUUCAAGCUUCUCCCACUAUUUCAUCUCCGUCGUCCCCCGUGGCUCUCCCACCCUUCUUCAUGAGAGGCUCCAUCAUUCAGCUUGCUGAUGGGGAGCUGAAGCGUGUGGAGGAUCUCAAAACCGAGGACUUCAUUCAGAGCGCGGAGAUCAGCAGUGAGCUGAAGAUCGACUCCAGUACCGUUGAACGGAUUGAUAGCGGCCAGACUCCUAACGCUGUGGUCAUACAGUUUUCUGUAGGGGAGCUCAAAGCCCAGGUUUGUGUGGAGGUCCUGGUGGAAUAUCCGUUCUUCGUAUUUGGUCAGGGCUGGUCCUCCUGUUGUCCUGACCGGACCACUCAACUCUUUGAGCUGUCCUGCGCUAAGCUGUGUGUGGGUGACGUCUGCGUGUCUCUCACCCUUCGCGGUCUAAGGAACGGUUCUCUACAAGACACCCAAGCUUUGGGGGCCAGGCUGAAAACCGCUCAUCUGUCGGACAACUGCAACAACACGGAUCCGAUACAUCAGAAGCCAAACACUAACAUCGGCCUUCUUAUGAAGACCUCUGAAACGGACAGGGAGCAGAUAUCCGGACCUACCCAAAUGGGACUAAAUCCAACAUCAUGUGGGGGGGGAUUGGUACCGGUAACUACAGAUGCGAGACCGGAAUCAGAUAAAACAGAUAUCCCGAUGCUGUCUAAAAUACAGUGUAGAGAUCCAGACAGAAUCAGUGUCCGUAAGAGAAGAUGGUCCGCUCCGGAGAGGGACCAAAACGAGAGAACGGAAGGGGAACCUCCGUUGACUCUGCCCUCCAUCAUCCCUCAGGAGGUAAAAAUCAGCAUCGAGGGUCACUCAAGCAGCGGCACAGAAACGUUCUUGAAUAAACCGUAGACUGACGGGUGGAAGUUUGUUGGCAUUGUGUUCGUACGCUGUUGUGUUCCGUCUAUCGAGACACAUACAAAACAUAGCAGAGCUGACGCAGGACCGCCAUUUUUUUUUCUGCCAUAUGUCGGACACCGAGUGCUGUCCAAUCAGUGCAAUCAAUGCUGUAAGCAAAAAUGAAUGCAGUGUGAAUGCGGAGCGUGUGUGUUGGUACGACGCCGAUGAGUGUGUCAGAACAGAUGUCCAUGUGGAGAAGGCGGGUCAUCAGUUUUUCGGGUUUUUUUUGUUGGUUUUUUGGGGUUUUGGUGAUGUCAUGGGUAAGAAAAAAACAACCACUUUGGAUGAUUUAUUGAUGAUAUUAAUUUGGCAAUAACCACGGCGGACAUCUUUGAUGUCUCAUAUUUCUGUUGAGUUUUUAGUUCAUCUCAUUCAGUGUGUGUGUGUAUUUGUGUUGGCGCUAGGGUUAGGCAUCGUUGGAAUUCCAGUCCUGAUUCCGGCUCCUAACGAUUCUCGAUUCCGUUGCUGGAUCAUUUAAGUUAGUUCUUUUUGGAUGAAAUAUCCGAACUUUCACAGCUAGGAGACCCGAGUUCAAUUCCACUCCCAGUUUGCAUGUUCUCCUCGUGCAUGCGUGGGUUUUUUUCCGGUUUCCUCCCACAUUCCAAAAACAUGCUAGGUUAAUUAGCGACUCCAAAUUGUCCAUUUCGUAAUAAACUUAUGAUUAUGAAUAAAAAAUAAUGUCAUUUUAGUAGUAGAAAGAUCAAUUAUUAAAGAAAAUUAACAUUACAGUAUGACUAAUAAAUAAAACAAAAAAUCAUUUUUGGAAUAUUGGGUUAGCAAAAAAGUUAUAAUAAUGGGAAUAAAGUCAUAACAUUAAAAGAAAAAAAAUUACAUGAAGAAAAUUGUGUUUUUGUAUAAAUACAUAAAUGAAGACCAAAAUGUCAGAUUCUAACAAGGAAAAAAAGUUUACUAUAAUAAACCUUUUUUUUUUUACUAAUUUACAAUUUUUUUCUUUUACUAAUUAGGUAUUGGUAAAAUUAAGUUAGCAAAAAUGAAAAAUUAAUAUCACAACAAGAACAUUUACCAUGAUUAUGGUAAAUAAUUUAAAAUUAAUAAUAAAAAAAAAUAUAUAUUGCGAGUGUGAAUGGUUGUUUGUCUAUAUGUGCCCUGUGAUUGGCUGGCCACCAGUCCAGGGUUUACCCCGCCUCUCGCCCGAAGACAGCUGGGAUAGGCUCCAGCAACCCCCGCGACCCUCUUGAGGAUAAGCGUUCGAAAAUAAAUGAAUGAAUAAAAGUAUUAUUGAAAUUUAUUUUGUAACAAAAAGCUCCCAUUUUUAGUUGGGAACUGAUAUUUUCCUGAAAUGAAUGAAUGAAAAUGAAUGAAUGUCCGAAUUUUACUACAGGGCUAUCUUCAAUAUCAACCCAUUCAAACUGAAUAUAAAUGUUUAUAUAAGAAUAUACAAAAAUAUUUAGUUGUUUACAUUUUAGUGUGCGACGCUGCAGGCACUAAAGUUAGCUACUGUAUUAGCAUUAGUAUACUUUGCUGCCUCCAUGUUGGUGUAAGCUAUUUUUAAGCACAUCUGUGUAAGUAAACAAUGACUUUUAGUCGCUUCUUCUUUCCCAAAAGUCAAAUCGAAAUUUUAAAAAAUCGAUGCUGGAGACUCGAUGCCCAACCCUAGCUGCUGCAGAUGUGAGCAUGUGUGUUUACGUGUUUACGUGUUUGUGUGUUCAUCAGCACACGGAGUACAGGGAGUCAGGUAUGAAUGUAAACCACUUUUUGUCCUGUUUGCUGCACCGGCGUUACGUGACUUGGAUAUUCGGUGCGUUUGCAAUAUAUGUGUGUGACAGCGGUCGCACAUACACACAUUCCUUAUGCUACAGUACUGGAGGAAAGCAGCAAUAUUCAGGUGUUACGCGGCGUGUUGAUGAUAACGGGAAAGAAAUCAAGUAACUGUCACAACAAACGUCAUUGAACCACUUUUGUACCAUUGGGACUUCGACUUCGACUUUGACGUCUAUGCCUAUACAUAACAUCCGUGGUACAUUAGUGUACAUUAGAUUUAUACUGCAAUAUGGAUAAGCUGGCAAAUCCUUCAUUUUAUUCAUUAAUCCUGGGCUACUUUAAGGCUGCACAGCAACCAAGCAGCACUGGAUUUUUAAACAUGGCUGACAAGGCUGCAAGCGAACCAUUGCCUUAUUAUUCAUCUGCAUCACUGGAGAAGUACCAUACCACUGAUUUCCUUUCCCAAUGAGGCUGUUAUUGGCAAUACCGAUCCAAAACCAGUACACCUAAUGUGUCAGGUAAAAAGUAUUUCAAAUCGUAGCAUAGCUCAUAGCAUAAAGACUCCAACUCUGAGGAAUACUACAUACCAUAUUUUCUGGACUAUAAGUCGCUCCGGAGUAUACAUAAGUCGCACAAGGCCAAAAAUGCAUAAUUAGGUAGAAAAAAAACAUACAUAAGUCGCUCCGGAAUAUAAGUCGCACAAGGCCAAAAAUGCAUAAUUAGGUAGAAAAAAACAUACAUAAGUCGCACUGGACUAUAAGUUGCACAAGGCCAAAAAUGCAUAAUUAGGUAGAAAAAGACAUACAUAAGUCGCUCCGGAGUAUAAGUCACACAAGGCCAAAAAUGCAUAAUUAGGUAGAAAAAAACAUACAUAAGUCGCUCCGGAGUAUAAGUUGCACAAGGCCAAAAAUGUAUAAUUAGGUAGAAAAAAAACAUACAUAAGUCACACUGGAGUAUAAGUCGCACAAGGCCAAAAAUGCAUAAUUAGGUAGAAAAAAAACAUAAGUCGCUCCGGAGUAUAAGUCGCACAAGGCCAAAAAUGCAUACUUAGGUAGAAAAAAAACAUACAUAAGUCGCUCCGGAGUAUAAGUUGCACAAGGCCAAAAAUGCAUAAUUGGGUAGAAAAAAACAUACAUAAGUUGCACUGGAGUGUAAGUUUCAUUUUUUGCGGGUAAUUUAUUUUACAAACUACUUGACCUUUGUUACAAACAUACAUAAGUCGCUCCGGAGUGUAAGUCGCACAAGGCCAAAAAUGCAUAAUUAGGUAGAAAAAAACAUACAUAAGUCGCUUCGGAGGAUAAGUCGCACAAGGCCAAAAAUGCAUAAUUAGGUAGAAAAAAAACCUACAUAAGUCAUACAUACAUAAUGUAACAUAAACAUUUUUUUCAUUUAUAAGUCGCUCUGGAGUAUAAGUCGCAGGAACAGCCAACCUAUGAAAAAAAAGUUUGACUUAUAGUCCAGAAAAUACGGUAUAUUGGGUAAUAUGAACAUAAAGGUGACUAUAGGGGUGUUAUUUCAUAUCUAGAGGGCUCUAAUAAUGUCAUUUAGAAGACUGUAAACAGGUUUUUUUAUGCCAUAACUAUGAAAAUAUUCAGACUCCGGUUUCCUCCCACAUUCCAAAAACAUGCUAGGUUAAUUAGCGACUCCAAAUUGUCCAUAGGUAUGAAUGUGAGUGUGAAUGGUUGUUUGUCUAUAUGUGCCCUGUGAUUUGCUGGCCACCAGUCUCUUGCCUCGAAGACAGCUGGGAUAGGCUCCAGCACCCCUUGUAAUGAAUAGCGGUAUAAAAUGAAUGAAUGAAUGUUUAGUUGAAUAAUGAUACGUUUUUUUUGUUAAUGGAACUGUUAACUGCAGCGGUGCUGAAGCAGCAAAGCACAAUGAUAUUUAUAAAAACACAACAACGACGAUAACGCCCAGGAGUCUGACUAGUCAGGUGACGCUUGCGUUAACCGAUGUUACAAAAUCAGGUUUGAACUUCCUUUUAUGAAUUCUGUCCACACCUGCGACUAAAGCGUAGAAUAGAGCCAAAAUCUUACAGUUCAUACUCAGGAACGAUGUGUGUGUGUGUGUGUGUGUGUACGAUCACUUGUAUUUGUGUACAUUCUGAGCAGCAGCACUUUUGAUGAAGCAUCCGACUGGGUGCACGACGCCCAAUGUGGAUAAUCAACGGACUGUUUUUCAUCCCACGUGUGUAUUAACGAUGGUCGGGAAUGUAAACACUUACGGGACAAACUAUCUCACUUUUAUUUUUUGAUGAUGGAUAGAGUUACUAUUUAGAGAAAGAUUUGUACAGUCAACGGUAUCCUAGAGAGUGUACAGUGUGUGUAUAGAUAUUCUAACCCUUAUGUAGCCUAUGUACUGUACGUGCCAACGGCGCCCUCUAUCUUCAAUCAUUCCAUUGACGCACCCAUCCUAGCGGAUCCUCAUGAAUGUGACACCGUUUUUUUUUUUUUUUUUCAAUAUGGCCUCCUUGUGCUUGCACAAAGACGAGAUGAUGAUCCAUACGCCGUGAUAUAGCCAUCGAGUUUUUCUAAUUCCUGUGAGGUGUUUUACUUGUAAAGCUUAAAAAAAAAAACAACAACAACAACAACAAUUCAAAACCCAGACUGUUCUGUUUGUGUUGUGCUCAGGCUAAACACUGCCCCACCGACUGUUCCGUUCCACGCCACGUUCGUCACGUCAAUGUAACGCUACUACGCCAAUAGUACGGGUUUCAUUUCAAAUAUAUUUACACGUUUGUUUUAUAUCGUAUGUGUAUGUUUAUUUCAUUUAUUACCAUUCUUUGUAUGGGAUUACCGCACGCGGAUGGCGAGCUACAAAACCGCUAUGUUUCUUCCGACAUGGAAGAUGGCGUAUUAGGGUCACACUGAAAAGCUGAUUCGCAAGAAAAAACUAAUGAAAAUAAAAAAAAUAAUUUAAAUUAUUAAUUAAAAAUUAAUAAAAUUUAUGUUUAUCUUGUGUUUCUAAUAUCAAUAAAAUAACAUAUAAAAAUCAUAUUAUGAGUUUAAAAAAAAGCUGCAAUCUGAAGACCCUGAAUAUAAGACGAUCGAAUAUUAGGUGACCACUUUUUUUCAAAUAAAAUUUUUGGAAAAAUAUAUUUUUUAAGACAAAAUUCAUCUUUAUUUUGUGUUUCUAAUGUCAAUAAAAUAACACAUAAAAAUCAUAUUAUGAGUUAAAAAAAAAGCUGCAAUCUGAAGACCAUGAAUAUAAGACGACCGAAUAUUAGGUGACUGCUCUUUUUCAAAUUAAAUUUUUCGAUAAAUAUAUUUUUAAAGACAAAAUUAAUCGUUAUCUUGUGUUUCUAAUAUCAAUAAAAUAACACCUAAAAAUCAUAUUAUGAGUUUUUAAAAAACCUGCAAUCUGAAGACCCUGAAUAUAAGACGAUCAAAUAUUAGGUGACUGCUCUUUUACAAAUUAAAUUUUUGGAAAAAUAUAUUUUUAAAGACAAAAUUCAUCUUUAUCUUGUGUUUCUAAUAUCAAUGAAAUAAUUGAUAAAAUAAUUGAAAUUUUACAGCUUCACUCUAAAAAAAUAAGCAAAAUUUUUUUUUAAUUAAUCAUGCUAUUUCAUAGUGGAAUACAGCCAAGUAUUAGUAAAAAAAAAAGCAUAUUCUAAAAAUAUGAGGCAUUAAGACGACGCCUUCAAAUUGUGAUCACUCUGUGUUAGCAAUGUUAAUGUAAUGUUUAGUGAAACAUACAAGCACCAGACUUUACACUCGUUACAUAAUCACGAGUAUAAAGGUGACUAUAGGGCUGUUAUUUCAUAUCUGAGGGCUCUAAUAAUAAUAAUAUAAAUGUUCUCUAUGUUAUUUAAAAAAAUAUAUACAUCAAACACAUGCAUAGCCUCUUUUAUUGUUAGAACUUGCCUUCCAAGAGGACGCCAUGUCUGUUUUGGUCAAGUAGUUUGUAAAAUAAAUUACCCACAAAAAAAGCAACUUAUGUAUGUUUUUUUUUUAUACCUAUUAUAAUUUUUGGCUUUGUGCGACUUAUACUCCGGAAUGAAAAUACAAUAAUAGACAUAAUCAGAGAAAAUAAGCCUUUUAAGACAGCUUACCUUAUAGGGGAGCAGAAUCGAUGGCGGACAGGAAGUGACGUCGGGGGUUCAGAGUUGAGUUUCAGCUAAUUGUGGGCUAUGUCUGAAACAGUAACUCAUGUUAUUAUGAUGAUUAUGAUGAUGAUUAUUAUUGUACGAUCGAGUCUGGUGCUUGUCUCACUGAACAAUUACUGACACCUAGUGACCAAUGUUGAAUACUACAUUCACAAUUAUGGCGGUCUUUAUGGCUUAUAGUGUAUUUGUGUUUUAGUUCAUUUAGCCUCUCUUAUGCUACAUCAAAAUAGCUAUAGAGUAAAGGCUAAACAACUAAGUACAAUAUAAAUUUUCUAAGCAAAACAACAACAAAAAAAUACUCAAGUGGAGUUUCACAACACUUAUUUCAACAUAUGUGACUAUAACUUUACUUUUAGCACUACUUCUUUGCCAAAUGAGGACUUUUACCCUCCAGAAAAUUAUGACUUGUACCAUUCCAAUUAAGUAAUUCUAAUAGUAAAAUUGAUUGAUGACGGUUUCUUCUCAGUGUUGCUCUAAUACACGCAAAAACAAAAUAGCGGUGACAGUACAAAUGAAGCCAUAAAACAAAGAAAAAAGUACAUUCUUGUACAUUUUAGGGCUAAAGUAGCUUCUCAGCGGUGUGGUACCCUUAAAGUUAUUACUUUUAUACCCAUUACUUUUAGAUCUGACUGCUUUUUUUGGUCAUAAAAAAAGGGCCCGAUUUGCUAGCUUGACUGCUACUACUACUACAGUGUAGCUAGCAGCUAGCUAGAUUAUCUUAGCGUACACAAGAAAUACAAAGAAAUAAACUAAAUUUGCUCACAGAAUUUCUCUGAAAAGAAGAAUUGACACUUAAAAUGUAUGUAAAAGAUGAAAUUAUAUUGUGUUUGAUGGAAAAAGUUGCUUACCAGGAAUUUGUGGCCUUGUAGGUUUCCAGGCAAUAGACUGCACCCAAACACAAAUGUUUUUUUGCACUGGUAGACUAAGUGUUGUAGCUUGGUCAAAAUUUAAUAUAUAUAAUAUCUGUUUUAAGGCCUUAAUUAGGCCAUGUUUAAUAAGGAUACAGUAUAUAAUAGCCGAGGUUUUUUGGAAAAAUCAAGAAAAACAACAUUCUUAUAUUUAAAAAACUUUAAAAAAAAACCCCGUAAUUAACCUUUUAGUUAAAGAUUGACACAAUAAAAUACCCUUAAAAUGACCUCAUUGUUCAUCAUGCUGGUGAAGACGGUAGAUGGCGGCGUUGCACUUUGACCUCCGUUGUAUGGGUGUGCACAAAAACUGUCUGCGCAACAUACUUUAAUUUGUAAAUAGCCAACGUCUUCCAAUAUGUUGAGGAUAUGGAAGAAGAUAUCCACAUUAUGUCAUCCCUUAUUUAAUUCAAACAAACGACAGCUUCUGUACGAGCACUUUCUUUCUAAAAAACAAACAAACAAACAAACAAACAAAAAAAAAGCACCCAUACACUGACUUUGUAAAAGUAUUUUGUAAUCGGGGAUCUGUUUCAGCUAUAAUACCCUACUCAAUGUCCGACUACAGUGGCGUUUAUUAUGUAUCAAUAAUGUUACCUUAC